AGUUCUGGGCUGAUCUCUCUCCUGCUCCUCCUUCUCUUCCAUAAAAACCCUGUUUUACUUCCUCAAUCCGUUCCACGGGUUCUCAGAGGUGCUGCGCCAGGUUUCUCCCGAAAUAAUUCUGCUACUGAUCCGACCACCAUCACCAUGUCCUGGGAUCCGUACAUCCAUAACCUCAUGGAGGGGGGCUGCGUGUUGGACGCCGUCAUCGUGGGCUACCACCCGGGACAAGAGAGCGUGUGGGCGGCGAAGCAGGGCGGGACGUUAAGCAAGAUCACGGUGAACGAGAUCAAGCAGCUGGUGGCGAAGGAUCGCAACAGCUUCUUCAGCAACGGGGUCACGGUGGGCAAUAUGAAGUGCACCAUGCUGAGGGACAAGAUCAAUGAAGAGGGGGACCACACUAUCGACCUGCGCACCAAGGCGACUGAAGGCGAAAAAGACACCUAUAACAUCUGCGUGGCCAAAUCGGGCCAAGCUCUUGUCAUCGUCAUGGGAAUGAAGGACGCGCAUGGCGGGAAACUGAACUUGAAGGCGCACGGCAUGGCCGAUUACCUGAGGAAAUCUGGCUACUGAUUAGAUGCGCCGCUCUCCGCCCUUUUGCCAAAGGAUUGGACUGCAUUUCUCUUCCUGUCAGUAGAGCCCCCACCCCCUCCUGUAGCUCCUAAACACGUUGGUAUUUUUGAUGCCAUCCAUGGAUGAAAUCUGUGACCUCCAGUGAUGCCAAAUAAAACUGAAUUUAUACUAAAGAAAAA